CCUCGCUUUCACUUUGAGUGACCAGCUUCUAUUAAGAUCACCAACUGAUUCUUUACCAAUAUUCAAGAACUGCAGUGUCCUCAUCUUCAAUGUCUCUUCUUUAAUUCUUAUUCACCUAUAGCAGAUAAGUCAUAAAUUUGUGAUAUAUAUGCACAAACACUACGUACUUACUCCAUAAUAUAAAGAAGCUAGAGAGGAAAGUAACCCCCAGAAAAGAAAAUUCCCGGCUUUUAGAAACAAUGAACCGGCUCGAGAAUAAAGACUUAACUUGUUCAUUGCCUGUUAUUCCAAGAUUAGAUCGACUGGAUUUCUUGCUGCAGCUUCUGGAAGAGAAACAUGGGCUUUCUGGAAGACAUUCCCUAAAUACUGUCGUAAAGAAAGCAGAAGAAGAAGAAGAGGAGGAGGAGACUCAGACUCUGACACUAUCCUCUGCUCUGGAACAAGUUCAUCUCAAAGGCACACUCAUAGAGCGUCUCACAGCGCUCGAGAACCGAGUUUCGCAGUUAAGCUUAGAAAUGGAUGAAGGAAACACGACAAGGUCGAGCUCAACAAAGUCAUCAAGGCAUGAUUCAGUUGCAUAUACAGCUGCAAGGAGUGAAGAAGAUGAAAAGGCCAAUCUCCAGGAGAGGCAACUCGAGGAAGAAGCCUCGACUACUAAAGCAACAUCUUUAGCUGAGAAAACAGAUCACAAAGUUGUUGGUAAUGCUAAAAUGAGAAGGUAUCCAAGUAAAUCCUACAGAAAAUGGCUUGGCUGGCUGCAUGUGAGAUGUUAAAGUCCGAAAAUUAAUGUAUACCUCUGAUUUGUUGUUUCAUUAAGCUGCUGAAAUGCAGGAUCGUCGCUUUUGCAUGUGACAACAUGCUGACAUUGAAGAGAACAGAGAUCUUAUUUGUUUUUACGUUUCAAAGCAAUAUAUACCUGUAGCGGAUUAUUUGCAUAGCGAACCCUCAUAUGAUCAAGAGAAAUUUGGGCUUGUAGCUUCAAAUGGAUUGUAUGUUAGUUUGAUGCUUGCUUGAAUUCGACUCAUCCAUAGUUGGUUGUGAA